GACAGGCCGGCGGCGGCGAGGGGAACACCGCCCCUUGGAAGCGGCGCUGGCAGGAUUCCGCCUCUCGCCAUUCCCGCCCCGCCGAUGGAGGAGCCGCCGCGUCCGGCCUGAGCUGAGGCGAGAGAGCCGAGCGGCGGAGGGAGGGGAAGGCGAAAGAGGCGGCUCGGCUCGGCGCCUGGCCGGGCUGGCACAGCAUGGUUGAGUAUAUUGUGGAGUAUGAUUAUGAUGCAGUGCAUGACGAUGAGCUAACCAUUCGAGUGGGUGAAAUCCUAAGGAAUGUGAAAAAACUAGAAGAGGAAGGAUGGCUAGAAGGAGAGCUAAACGGGAAAAGGGGCAUGUUUCCUGACAACUUCGUUAAGGAAGUGAAGAAAGAGGCAGAACCUAAAGAUGACAGCUUGCCAAUCAAGAGAGAGAGGCACGGAAAUGUAGCCAGCCUCGUUCAGCGCAUGAGCACAUAUGGGCUUCCAGCAGGGGCCUUCCAGCCUCAUUCGCAGGCCAAAGGCUUCAGGAGGAAAUCGAAAAAGAGGCAGUGCAAAGUUCUUUUUGAAUACGCUCCUCAGAACGAAGAUGAGUUGGAGCUGAAACUAGGAGAUGUUAUAGAUAUUAAUGAAGAGGUGGAAGAAGGCUGGUGGAGCGGAACGCUGAACGGAAAAGCAGGCCUGUUUCCUUCAAACUUUGUGAAAGAGCUGGAAGUCACAGAUGACGGAGACUCCCAAGAAGCCUGCCUGGAUGAUGCUGAGGCUGUUUUUACUGGCCCGGCCUCGCCUGUUGCUUCACCGGGAAAUGGGCACGAGCCUGGAAAUGCACAAAUAGCACAGCCAAAGAAAAUCCGAGGAGUUGGAUUUGGAGAUAUUUUCAAAGAAGGUUCGGUGAAGCUCCGGACCAGACUGUCCAGUAAUGAUUCAGAAGAGAAGAAGCCAGAUAAGCCAUCACCUAACCAUCCGCCUGGACCAAAGCUUACCCAGUUUCCUAGCGCAACAAAAUCAGAAACUGCAACAGAGGUAGCAAAGGCAGAAACAGAAACCAAACAAAAAGUUAAAGAAUAUUGCAAGACCUUGUUUGCCUAUGAUGGUGCCAACGAGGAUGAGCUUAGUUUUAAAGAAGGUGAUGUUAUCCAAAUAAUAAGUAAGGAUACUGGAGAACCAGGAUGGUGGAAAGGAGAGCUUAAUGGUAAAGAAGGUGUUUUUCCGGACAACUUUGCUGUUCAGCUGUAUGAAUCAGAUAAAGACUUCCCUAAGCCAAAGAAACCCCCACCUCCUGUAAAAAGUCCAGGACCAAAACCAGAGCUUCCAUGUAUGGAGAAGAAGUUUCCUCUUAAGAAUGAAGAAAAAGAUGAAAAAGCAGCUUUGGAUCAGAAGACACCUAAGCCAGCAGCUCCUCAAGUACCACCCAAGAAACCUGCCCCUCCCAACAAGUCUAAUAACAUAUUAAGAGCUGGGAUUUUGCACCCAAAACGGCCAGAGAAGCCAGUCUUGCAGCCCUCAGCGCCCAGCGCAAAUGGGGAAUUAGUUUCCUUAAGACCGAAAUCUGAAAUUGAACCUCUAGCAAAACCAAAGUCAGACUCGGAGCAGUUACCCCUGAGACCAAAAUCCGUAGAGGUAGAUUCAGUUGCAAUAAAGAACUCGAAAGAUACAGAUCUUCUCAGUUUUGAUGACAUAAUAGCUACCUCAGAUAAUUUAUCGCAUCCCACAGCAAAUAGGCCAAAGAUGCCCGGCAGAAGGUUGCCUGCUCGGUUCAAUGGCAAUAAUUCUUCAAUUCAGAAUUCAAGCACAGAAAAAACUGUGAAGGUGCAUAAAGAGGAAGAAGAAAGUGCCAAACUGAAGCCAUCUGAAAUUAAAAAGCCAUCCAUAUUUACUUCAACACGCCUGUCUUCAUCACCAAACUCUGUGAUACUCAGCGGUUGUGCUGCAGAACCAAAACUUAAACGAGAUACAGAUGAAGGGGAAAAAUCUUCUGUAGAAGAGCUCAAGGCUCAGAUUUUUGAGCUUUUGACUCUUGUAGAAACACUGAAAAAAGAACACGGGAAAGAACUGGAAAGAUUGAAAAAAGACUUGGAGGAAGAAAAACAUAUGCGGAAUAACCUAGAGGCGGAAAUAGAAAAGCUCAAGAAAGCUGUGUUGACUACAUGAAAGCGCCGUAGACUGUUCGUCCUUAACAUACCAGGAACUCAGAAUGAAGUUGAUCUUCCUGCUUCAAACCAAUGAAUGCUAGCAUUCCAUUUUUUAAAAUGAAUAAAUGGAUAUAAAUCUUAUAUUCAGUGAGCUAAUAGAAGAAAAUGGAUUACUUUUUUUGUUCGUUUGUUUCUUGCCAAUAUAGGAGAGAGGCCUUAUUUCUUACUGUGCUGGAAUCGCAGACCUUUAUUUUCUUGGUUUGCUUGAAAAUACUACUGAAAUCUGUAUAAAAAGGAGAGAGGGAAGGGGGUUCUUAAUAAAUUUUUAUCGAUACCUGUAGUCUAAUUUUUAAUAGAUCUGUACUAUAUGGUGAUGUAUCUUUGCAAAUUAAUCUGUAAAAUAGUCUAUGGAAGGCAAAUGGUAUAGCCCUGCAGCCAUUAUAGUCACUACUUUUCCCACCCUGCGGAAGGGAAUAUGAUAUGUGUAUAUUUUUUUUAAUUUUAACAUUCCUAUCCAGGGCUACACUGUUAUGCCUGUCUGCAGUGAGAGUAUUAAUAAUAUACUUUUUUAUAGUUCAGGGUGAUUCUGGGAAUUCGUGCUAUGUGUUAGCUGAGUUGCCAAAGCAAAGCAAUUUCUGCCUCCCCAUCCCAACCCUAAUCCAUGGUAAUCCUUUUAGUUUAGAAGAACAUUGUCACUUGCACUAUAUGAUUCAUAAAAGGGAUUUAUGAUGUAACCACCAAGAAUGCCGCAGCAAGAUGAAUACUUAAAACCGUAAGGAAAUCCAGGCAUAAUACGGAAAUGAUCUUAUAAUUCAACCAGAUGUGCCUAGAUUUUGCAGCACAUGGCAUGCAAACAUUCUUGAAAUUCAUAAUUCCUGUGCUGUUGUAAUUUAUAAUUAAACACUGAGGACUCUUAUGACUUUAUUUUUUUAUUAGGAAUCCCGAUUUCAGGUUUUUUUACAAAAAAUCUUCAUGUGUCAAUAAAAUGUCCUAGCUUCUGGUCUUCUGUAUGCAACUAAAUACAAUCGUAAAAUAAAAAUGCCACUGCAAGGCUGUUACAGCAUUUGACAAGUCACAGAUCAGUUCCUUGUUGUGGUCUCUGCACAAUCGCAUGUGGGAAUUGCGCAGGUGUGCAUGCCAGCUGCAGAAGGUUCCGAAACUCAUCAAAGUAUGAGAGACUCAACUCAACUCCUUCAACAGUUUUUUCUGCCUCUGGGUCACAUGAGGAAGAGAGGGUAUUUCCUUUCUUCCUGGUCCUCUUUGCCACCACAUGGAGAACUUCAGGUUUUGCUCACUUCAAAAAAAAAAGGGGGGGGGGAGAAAGAAAUGAAAAAUUAUAGCAUACCCCCAACUAUCGUUUUCAUUCUCCUAUUCCACCAUUGCAUAAAAAGCCCUCUUAAAAAUGCUCUGGGCACUGAGGGAAACUGUCCUAAAGUAGAAGGUCCCUCCCCAAUACCUUGUGUCUGUUUUGGUGAAGGGAAUUUCAAAGUUACUCCUCAUGACCCAGUAUGCAAGAAAUUCCCACCUAAAUCAAGAAGUAACAGAGCCUUCUGUCUAAACUUGCCCUCCUGGAAAGGGCUUUAGAAGCUAGGAUUGUUGGAGACACCUCCAGUGAGGGGCUGAAAAACGCUACCUCAGAAGAAGUACUGAAGGUCCUCUUUUCCAUCUUUGGAACUUGACCAUCCAGAGCAAGAACUGCAAGGCAGGUAUCGUCUAUAGGGUGUCGUAUCAGUGCCCUCUGGAACUUCCAGCAAAAUAAAUGCAGAACUUAACAAAACACUGAAAGAAAUCCUGCAAUAAGAGUGAGAGAGAAACUACUUUUUUUCCACAAGAGGAAGUUAAAGAAAGCAAAAAACACACGAGAGAAUAAAGAGAAUCAUUCCAUUUCCAAGAACACUUGUGGAAUGCAGUAAUGUUCACUGUCCAGUUUCCGGUGGCGAAAUCAGAGAAGUCAUCCCCUCAAGCCUGAAACUAGCAGAUGAUUUCAUCUGUCCAGUUCCAUUGAGCAUGCAAAGAAGUUUAUCCUGCAACCUUAUACACGAAACGACUUGUGACAGGCUCUGCUCCCCAGAGAGGCUGUGACUGCAGCAGGGGACCUGGGUGUCAUUCCUGGAAAAGAGAAGCUGGAGACCAAAUUUUAUUUUAUAUUCCCUUGAGCAAAGUUUUUUUUAAAAAACUCGUUAACAGUUGUCUUGCAUGGGGCUCAGGAGAAAAGGCUGCGUGGUGGGGAUCUCUUGCUGCUCUAAUGCUUUAUUUGUUGCGAUUUUAAUGGCUGUUGCUAUUUUAAUUGUAUUUAAUAUUUUUAACAUGUUCAGGAAAAGGAAUUGGUCUUGGCAACACUCAGCAUGAAAAGGAAUGGAUGAGUAGUUGAGCUCUGUAAUUUUACAGGGGAGAAGAAAACAAUUCUUGAACAUGUCCAGAUACAUGUAUUCUGUAUGGAAUAAAGUCUUUCCAAAAAGCAUUGCUGCCCUCUUACAGGCAAAAGGACUAUGAACGCGAGUGUCUGACGGAGAGCAGAUAACCUCCCGCUUUUACAAUAUUGUUUAAUGCUUUCGAAUAAAGACUUUUAAGCAGCAUAUUUGUCUUUUUGCAGAAAACAGCAAUGAAGCCAAGCUCGGAAGGGCUGGAGCACACCUCCAGGCCUUUGUGGAUUUGGAGCUGUGAUGUCAGUUCUGGUCCUGCAACCAUUGCUGGGUGCUGUACUGAGGAAACACACCACAUUGCUGCUCUUAGUGUCCAGUGAGGCCACCAGCUGCAUCUCCUGUUCUGCUUCCUCUCUGGGCGCAGACACCGGCUCUGCCAGGUGGCCCAAGGGGACUGGUUUUCACAGGCCAACUCCUGAGGGAGGAAGCAGCAGCAUUAUGGUGCCGCCUUCUCAUCCUUUUUUCCUCGCAGCUGCUUCCCAGUCAAGCUUCAGGUUCUUACAGGAGUAAUUCUUUGACGGGGGAGACCUAUGGCCAGAGAGGUCACAUCUGGGGGAAAAAAGAGCUGACUGGAAUAUAACGGGCAGAGAGCGAAACUGUAUUUGAUCUAAGGUCACUCAGUGAAUUCAUAGAACCUCCGAAACUCAGAAUGGUUCAGUUAAAACCCAUUCUUUGAUUUAAAUUGCUGGUUUCUGGCAUUAAAUCGUAUUUCCAUUUCUCAACACCGUGUACAGAAAUGUCCUUCUUUUUGGUUUAAAAAAACUGUGCUUUGAGCAUGGAAAUGUUUAGACUGAAACUAAAGGAAUUUUUGCAUAUGGUUUUUAUCCAUAGCGCCCCUCACCUGAAUAUUUAUGAAAUGUGGAGCAGUAUUAGCUCUGAGACUUGAAGGGACAGGAGCCAGUUACCUAAAUACGGGAAUCUACCAUAGACAUAGAAUCAUGGAGUUGGAAGGGGCCAUACAGACCAUCUAGUCCAACCCCCCUUCCCAAUGCAGGAUCAGCCUAAAGCAUCUCUGACAAGUAUUCAUCCAGCCUCUUCUUGAAAACUGCCAGUGAGGGGGAGCUCAUCACCUCCCUAGGCAGCUGAUUCCACUUUUGAACUACUCUGACCGUGAAAAAGUUUUUCCUAAUAUCCAGCCGGUACCUUUGUGCAUGUAAUUUAAGCCCAUUGUUUCGGGUCCUACCCUCUGCUGCCAACUGGAACAGCUCCUUACCCUCCUCCAAAUGACAGCCUUUCAAAUAUUUAAAGAGAGCAAUCAUGUCCCCCCUCAACCUCCUCUUCUCCAAACUAAACAUUCCCAAGGCCCUCAGCCUUUCCUCGUAGGGCUCAGUCUCCAGACCCCUGAUCAUUCUUGUCGCUCUCCUCUGCACCCUCUCGAUUUUGUCCACAUCCUUUUUGAAUUGAGGCCUCCAGAACUGCACACAGUACUCCAGGUGCGGCCUGACCAAGGCAGUAUAGAGAGGGGCUAUGACCUCCUGCGAUUUCGACGCUAUGGCCCCUUUGAUACAACCGAAGAUUGAAUUAGCCUUUUUUGCCACCGCAUCACACUGACUGCUCAUAUUUAGUUUACAGUCCACUCUUACCCCAAGAUCCCUUUCACAUAUACUACUGCCCAGAAGUGUAACCCCCAUCCAGUAUUUGUGCUUCCCAUUUUUGUGGCCCAGAUGUAAUACUGUGCCCUUGUCUUUGUUGAAUUGCAUCCUAUUCACAGCUGCCCACUUCUCCAGAGUAUUCAGGUCUUGUUGAAUUUUAAUUCUAUCUUCUUGGGUGUUUGCUACCCCUCCCAAUUUGGUAUCAGCAAAUUUAAUGAGCAGCCCUUCCACUCCUUCAUCCAGAUCAUUGAUAAAAAUAUUGAAAAGUACCGGGCCCAAAACUGAGCCCUGCGGCACCCCGCUGGACACCUCCCUCCAAUCUGAUGAAACGCUGUUGACCACCACUCUUUGAAUGCGGUCCUCCAACCAGUUCCCUAUCCACCGAACUGUCCUAUAGUCCACCCAACUGUCCUAUAGUUUUUUUAUGGAGCUGUCCUACCAGCACCAUAAAAAAAAUCUCUGAAAGAAUACGUUCACAUAGCCCUAGAGAUUCCCAAAAUGACGUCUACUUGUCAGUUUAGAAAACUCCUCAAGUCUGUUUCAUAGGCACAAUCCUAGGCUCAGAGCAGGGCAGAGUCUAUCCUCCAGAAGAAAGGGUGAAGGCUAUGUGCGCCAUGAGACAACAAUUUCAAGGCAGAGUUCUCACUACAUGCACAACAUCUAGAAAUGAAUGGCCUCUGCUAAAAUGAUAGUCCUCUUUGCCAUAUUGAGGACAAGUCCUCUCCAAAAAGUGGUUUGUCAGAUUUCAACUGUAACAGGAAAUGAAUAAUUCCCAGAACAUAAAAUCCUUGGCUUAGUGAAGCAGCAGUGGAAGUCACUGUUGGAUGCUGAUCUUCCCUGGAUCUUCCUAGCCAGUCCUUGGCUCCUGGAAAGAUUAUUCUGGGGCUAUAAUAAAGGGGGGGGGAAGUAAUCUCCCUCUUUGGCAAGUAAUCCUGACCUGGAUAGCCCAGGUGAGCCUGAUCUCUGAAGCUAAGCAGGGUUGGCCUUAGUAAUUGGAUAGGAGAUCUCCAAUGAAGACCAGGAUUGCAGAGGUAGACAAUGGCAAAGCACCUGUGUUGCCAUGAAAACUCCACCAGGGGUCGCCAUAAGUCAACUCUGACUUGAGAGUACUCGCCAGCACCACUUUGGCAAGUAAAGCUCUGCUUGCUAAAGGGAGUAGGAUGAUAUUUCCCCCCCUUCCUCACUUGUAGGGCACAGCCUAUGUGAUUGUUUGCCUACACAGAUCCCAGAAUCCUAGCAUCAUCAUUCUGAAAUUCAAAAGGACUGCUCGGUGGAGGGCAAUGCAGUGAAAAUCUGUGUUUACCUCCUAAACUCUGAUCCUGUGUCAAGCCAACCAGGGCAUUGACUGCUACACUCUUGAAGUGCCAUGUUGGCCCGGACAGCAUUGAUUCACCAUUUUACUGUCCCUGUCCUGUUCUCACUUGUUGCCAGAAGUAGAAGAUCUCAGUAAAAAGGCUUUUGGUUCCACCACAAUAGGAAGACUUCAUUUGCUUAGAAGGAAUCCUUAAAAGGUAUGAUGGAUAUGUAUCCACCUUCCAGUCCUCUGUGUCUUCAAUGGAGCUUUUGACUAGUUCUACCCACAUUAAUCUCAGAGCUCUUCUAGACUCUGGACUCAUGUUCUCUGUGGUUGCUCCCCAAAACCAGCAUUUUUUAUUGUUGACAUCUGCACACAACAACUAAUGAAUUACGUGCUUCGAGACAUGCUUGGAACGAUGUAUUUCAAAACUAUGUUGGACAAAGUGGUCUUGGGCUGCACAGUUGCCCAAAGUUGUCUGAUCCAUGUUAACUAGGAGAGUAGGGCCAGCCUAGUUCCCUCAACCUGCUGAUGAAAGCCAACUUUAUGCAGCUUAGACAUCAAACAAAUUUUAUUUUCAAAGAAAUAAAGAAUUUGGAAGACCGUUGUCCUUUGAUCUGCUCGGAACGGAUGCAGAGCUUCCGAGCAAUCUGUAUCUCUUUGGAUCUGAUCAUUACGUUACAAGCUCUUAAGAUUUGGUGUCUCCCACACAUUUGUGUUCCACCAAGUGCUCCAAAAGGGGGGAUUCCAGCAGAGGAAAUGGAUGAACUUAAGAGUGUGGUCUUCUGCCUCUUUCCAGAUAUUGACAUCUAGGCAUUGAUCAUUGUGAAGACAGAACUUGGUAAAGGGGCACUAGGUAUGCUUUAAAGCCCAGAGCCCACAUCCAUCGUCCACUCGGUAAGUGAAUGUGCGUAUCUCCAGUGUGGGAUUGUGCAGAGGCCACAGCGAUGAAACCAGGGUUGUGCUUCCGUAACUGGUAUUCAUUAAGCGGUGAUCUAUGCAAUCCCUCACCCCUUCUUUCUACCUUGCCAUAAGCUGGCCUAGCACUAUUGCUUGGGAAUUCUCUCGGUGGUCCAGGAGGACUGAGAAGAAAGGGUGUGCCUGUCGCUUCUCAUGUGGCCCAGAUGCAGAAAAAACAACUGAAAGGGGCAGAGGGGAGUACCUUGCCAAUGGCCUCUGGAAUUUUCUGUGGCUGACCCAUGUAUGCACAAUACCCUCAUGAGACACACGCAUGGAUGACCACUCACUGAAUUCCAUUGGCUGGUAAGCGCAACCCUGUUGUCUUAUAUAAAUAUGUGAGUAUUAUAUACACAGUAGUAUUGCAACAGGCUUCAGCUAUCAAGAGGAUUUUUCUAAGGAAACAAUAGAACUUCUUUUGGAGGUAUUACAUUCAGUGAAAAUAGUGAUUCUCCACCCCACCCCAAUUUAUUUCCUGUGGAGGAAAAAAAAGGUAAAGGCUAUGCAAGCACCGAGCCAUCACUGACCCAUGGGGAACAUCGUGUCAUGAUGUUUUCUUGGCAGACUUUUUGUUACGGGGUGGUUUACCAUUGCCUUCCCCAGUAAUCUACACUUUACCCCCAGGUAACUGGGUACUCAUUUUACCGACCUCGGACGGAUGGGAGGCUGAGUCAACCUUCAUCUGGCUACCUGAACCCAGCUUCCACCAGGAUCGAACCCAGGUCGUGAACAGAGCUUGGGCUGCAGUACUGCCGCUUACCACUCUGCGCCACGGGCCUCCAUUUUCCUGUGGAGGAACACACUUAAAAUGUGUAGGUCACUGAAGCUGUGCAGUAAAGCCAAAGCUUACUAUAUAACUUCCGUUAUCAUGUCCCUUCUUCAUUGCUAUUAUUAGAGAAUAUAGAGGGGGAGAGCAAUAUAUUGAGAGUGCUUUUUAGGUUGGCCAAAUUAAAACAGAAUGAAUUCCUAGGUUUGUGCAUCAGACGUUUUGGUAUAUAUCUCUCGGUCCAAUCUCAGCAGAAUAUAAAUGGCAAUACUUGCUUGCCCCACUUUCCUCCCUGUGUUUGAUGAGAAUGCUGACAGGUUACUUGUUUGCAGGUCUGGAUCUCAUUUUUUCUGCAUCGGUAGCAGAUGCAGUAGAUCUGGAUAAAAUCUAGAACUUGUGAAAUGAAACUUAAGGGCAUGUAGUAAAUCAUGACCCUUGAGUUUAUUUGUCCAUAACCUUGCAAAUCUAACAAGUUGGUUCCGUAAUGUUUAACUGCUGUUGCCAAUUUACAUUUUUAGUCAUCUCAGUAAUAAAUGAAUGUAUCUCCAGGUUAUUAAUCUAUUGCGCAGAUUCAUCCUUUUUGUAAACUAAUCUGAUACUAAUUAUUUAAAUAGUCAACUGCAUCAAAAGUAAAGAGAAAAGCCUCUGUAUAUGCUAUCUGGGAUGAGUAAGGAACACAAUUUUUCUUUGAUGCUGACUAGUCAAAGUAUUACCUCUUCACCUUAAGCCUGAUUAUGCAAAACAACAAGGUUACGAAAAGUUAUUGAUAAGCUGUUGGAAGACAAUACGGUCUGCCUCUUAAGUGUAUAGCACACGAAUAGAAGACAAUCAGUUAAAGGUAUGAUUAUUUAAUGGCCUUUUUUUGCUAUAGCAAUAAAAUGACCAAGUGCAAUGACCUGAUUUGAUUUUUUUAAAUAAACUUCUGAAAGUCGCUGCUAUGAAUAUUUUUAGCGAUAAGAAGGUCUCCCUAACAAUGUCUUACAUUCAUAUUUUGUAAUGGAAAGUGGGAAGCAGUAUGCAGACAUUCCAAAAUAAAAAAAACACCAUCACAAAUAAAACAUAUAUAAUGCAUA